AUGUCGCACGAUCUACUGGAGGAGUACAAGCAAAUAAUGGUCAUGGACGCCUCCUCCAAGAAGCACUUUGGGCACAACGUGAUGGCCAGCAAGUUACUAUCGACGUUCAAACAAAUGUGCUUCGAUGGCAACUUGCUAAUUGGAAUAGCUGUUGGUGGGGAGACUGGCGUGCAAGUUUCAUCGAUGUUUCCUUUCCAUUUAAACGCCAGUCUUCUCCAUGGCACAAUUUGUUCCAAGUGCACCUUUGAUGAGUUCGUGUCGAUGAAGCUGGAUUUCAAGAUAGUCAACGACAUGGACGAUCGCAUGUAA